AUGGCGCAAUUUAGCGACUGCAAAGCUAUGUUCUUGAUGGUAAUAGCCAUGGUGCUUGUCUCAGUUACAGCUCAGGAUACUGCGCCGGCUCCAUCACCAGCAUUGGACGCUGGAGCCGGAACUCUGGUGACAAUUUCCAGCCUAUACAUAUACUCUCCGGUGCUCUUCUCUCUCAUUGCGCUGCUUAGGCGUUAG